AACUUUACGUUUCUCAGCACUAAUAUUAAAUUGUGAAAACGAAACAACCGUCAACGAAACGACUGAAAAUGAAAAGUACUGCCAUUCGUAAAUUACAUGUCAACGGUACAACAUCUUUGCCCAAGGAAAAUCCGCCGUUGGAAGAAUUCUACAAGCAGUUACCAGAGGAUCAAGAUUUUGUACAACCCCAGAAGCAACUUCCUCAACAGGGUGCAAUUACCCAAAAUUUAACAACAAGCCAAGAUUUAGAAGAAAGCAAACCGGAGCCAAACAAAUUAGAUACCGCAGUUGUCGCUAAAAAAGAAAAAGAUACAAUGGUGGCUGAGCAAAACGGCUUGAACGAUGGAGCCGACGAGCAAAUGUUAAGUGGUGUAGAAGAUAAUGAUAAAUUGGCCGAAAAGCGUGAAGAAGUUAAAUUUAUUAAAGGAGGUGACCAUCAAAAUGGCGAUGCCAAGAUUGACAUUGGUGGUGUCAAUGGAAAGGAUAAAGAAAUGGCUUUCACCGGCAUGACUAAAGAAGAAUUAAUGAAAUAUGCAAAUGAUCCGUUCUGGGUGCGUUUACGUUGGAUUUUCUUUAUUGGUUUCUGGGCAAUUUGGGCCGCAAUGUUAAUUUGUGCUAUACUUAUAAUUGUGCAUGCCCCCAAAUGUGCCGCCCCAGAACCUCUACCAUGGUAUAAACGAGGAAUACUUGCCAAAUUCGAUGCACUCGAAGCAAGCGGUAGUGAUAUUGAAAGUGUUAAACAUGUCGAAGCUUCUGGAGUCAUAUACGAACUGCCACCUGCUCUAACGUAUUUGGUGCGUGAACCAGCCGUUGAGCAAAAAAUCAAGGACAUUGUCGCAAACUAUAAGAAGUUAGAUGUUAACGUUAUACUUGAUGUAACUCCAAAUUAUGUACCAAGUAAUUCUACUUUGUUUAAUGAUGCUAAAAAUGACAAAAGCAAACGUUCAGCUUUUAUAUGGAAAGAAGAUUCGAAGGCUCCCAACAAUUGGCGUUCACUUCAGAAUGAUUCAGCUUGGGCAGAAGUCGAUGCUGGCAAUUAUGUACUCUCACAGUUUGGUGCAGGAUUGUAUGAUUUGAAAAUGAAUGACAGCAUCGUUAAGAAUGAAUUCGAAGGUGUACUGAAGCAUCUACUUUCGCUGGGUGUUAAAGGUUUCCGUUUGAGGAAUACUAAAUUCUUUAUACUAUCCGACAACACUCCCGAUGAGGUUGUCGCUUCAGAAGGCAAUUUUGGCCAUUUAGAAUAUGGAUUUUGGACCCACACGCAUAGUACCUUCCAAGAAGGCCUUGGUGACCUUUUGUAUGAGUUUAAAAUAUUCGUUAAGAACAUAUCUGCAGAUGCCUUCUUAUCGGUCGCAGAUGAUAUUCUACGACCAGACAUUUAUCACACCAAGAGCGGUGAAUGGGGCGUGGAUUUACCCAUUUAUGGACCGCUGGUGCAUUCAUUAAGCACAGGCUUAAGCGGGCUGAAACUUAAACAUGAAUUCGAAAGCACUAUAAAUGAAGUUGGCAAAAAUACAUGGCUGCAAUGGAACUUCGCAGAGGUUGCAACCGCUCCAAAUAAUAACAGUGAUUCUUCGGCAAUUGCUUUGUUCGUAUCUCUGUUGCCGGGGGUACCUGUCGUCGCAGUUACUAAUGAGUCGCUCUUUAAAAAUGUACGUCAAGAAGUAUUUGCUGAAAUAAAGCAAUUACGGUUGUCCCCUUCGUAUAUGCAUGGAGACUAUAAUGUUUACUCGUCAGAUGAGCUAUUCGCUUAUUCCAGAAUAAAAUCUGGAAAUCCUGGAUACUUUGUAGCUUUCAAUCCAUCAAAUGGCGUUGUCAAAGGCGAAUUUGUCGAUGCGGCAUUACCAGAUAAAAUGACGGUUUAUGCAUUAAGUGACAAUUACAACAUUUCCGGUUUUACAGUCAAAUCCAAAGUGCAAACUAACUCACUGGAGGUAUCACCAGGAGCUACAAUUAUACUCACAUAUGUGCCUGUCCAAUCGGGUUAAAUUCACCGAAAUACUUAUACAUAGAACGUAUAAUUUCACACGUGUGACAAUAUUACUUAUACAAAAACUGUUACAUACAUACAUAUAUCAAAAAUGUUAAAAAGUUGUUCAGCUUCAUGCAAAUAUUCAAAUUAAAGCUUUU